GAACAAGGCUCCGUGGAAGCAGACGAAGACUAGGCGAGACCAUUUCUUCCCGUCGACGGAACGCCCACCACGUCAAGGCAACUAACCAUGUACACCACCAUUGCGACACUUCUUCCUCUCCUCGCUCUGGCCGUCGCUGCGCCAACAGCAAACGGUCCGUGCAGAGCGCGAAAGCAAACCUAUGUGGCAAAGUACGAUGGCUUGCCCUUCCAAGAGCCGGGUCCGAAUCCAAUCCCCCCUCACUACUACGGUCUGGGCUAUACCACUUUCCAGAUAGACCAGCAUGACCACUUUAUCCCUCCGACAUCGGGUAAUCAAUGGGCCAUGGCUUUCGGGGGCAGUGGAAACAUCUCUGUUCCAGACUCCCCGCCCAAGCAGACGUUCCAGCUCGAGUCCCUCUCCUUCGCCUGCGUCUCAGGUGUCCCGCAGCCUGAAUGCGCUAUCAGCAUCUGGGGCUGGAAAGCCAGUGCAAAGGUCAUCAACCGCGUCAUCAACUUCCCAAGCCUGGACCCGGGACACCUGGUGGGGGGUUACAUUAUGAACAAGACGAGCUUUUCGUGGGAGUGGCGGGAUCUGAAGAGCGUUGGAUUUAGCAUCGCGAGGGCGGAUAAUGGAGGAGACAUGUAUGGCGGGCUUGCGCUCGAUGACGUUAAGUACACCCUGAAUUUCGGGUGCUGAGGGUCAUCCGAUAAGGCUAUAUCCACUCCAGAUCUCCUGCCUCAUCGUUAGCUAUGUAAAAGAAGACGAGCUAUCAGAGGGACGACCCGAGCCGAGCAACGUGGUGUGCAUGCCCG